CUCAUCUACUUACAAAGAUUCAAUCUUUUUUAUUUAUUAGAGAUACCCAUUUAAUGAAAACUUCAAUUUUGCAUGAGCAGAGUAAAUUCAACAAGCAUUUAGCACUUGUUCUUUUCUUUGGUUCUUCACAUUAGUCAGUAAAUUCUUUUUUUUUUUGUGUGUGUGUGUGAAAAUAGGAAAGAAAAAAACUUAGCAUUUGUCAGCAAGACAUAACCACUAUUGUACUAGAAAGUCUGAAACUAUCAAUAUUAUUACUCUGUAGGUGUCCUUUGGUGUUUGCCCAUUUGCAACUUCUGAAGAAGUACUACUAUUUAGUAAAUUCAUUGUAUUUUGCAAGAUUCUAAGUUGGAGAAACCCUUUUGUAUGUUGAAACAGGGAAACAAAAACAGCUUUGGUCAAAGUGAAGAAAAAGGGGGAAAUGGCAGGGGCUGGUUCAAUGCCAUCUAUGCCGCCACCCCGCCCAAAAUCACCACCCCAGUAUCCAGAUUUGUAUGGAAAGCGUCGAGAAUUUGCUAAAGUUCAAAUGCUUGAAAGAGAAAUUGGCUUUCUUGAGGAAGAACUGAAAUCCAUUGAAGGCCUUCAUCCCGCUUCUCGAUCCUGUAAAGAGGUUACAGAAUUUGUAUCGGAACAUUCAGAUCCUCUUAUACCGACAAUAAAGAAGACUCGUAGAUCCCGUUGCUUCUGGAAAUGGCUCUGUGGCUCUUCAUGUUUCAAUCUCUCGUGGAUUUGUUGCUGGUGCCGAUGUCCUAGUAUGAAGAUGCCUAACUGCUGCUGUAACUGCAAUUUAUGUAACUGCUGCCCAUCUAUCAGUUGCUCCAUACCUAAGUGUUGUUGUCAAUGUUUCUCCUGUCCACGGUCUAAAUGCUGCCGCAAGCCUGUCUGCAAAUGGAGUUGCUGUAGCUUAAAAUGUCCUCCUUGCUUUAGCUGCUCCUCUUGUAGUAACCCAUGUACAUGUACAUGUUCAUGUUCUUAUCCUAGAUGUCCAAAGUUAAAUUGUACUUCUUGUUGUAAAAAGUGCUGCUGCUUCUGCCCUUGCUACUUAUGUUAGUAGUCAUCAUAAUACUAUAUCAUGCAAUAAUAUUCCUAUAUCAAAACUGCUUCUAUAAAAUUGUGAAUAUAUUUGUUUUGAAGUUUC